CAUGGCCGCUCCCUGAGAGGAGAUUCCGGCCGCCGCCACCUCUGCAGCCGCGGGGACCUGGGCCGUUGUCGCCGUCCGCGCGCGGCCCGGGCAGAGAGAUUUGAGGCAAGGACUACGAGAGGCGUGGCUCUCCCUAGUAUGGCCAAUGAAGAGGAUGACCCAGUCGUACAGGAGAUUGAUGUGUACUUGGCCAAAAGUCUGGCAGAGAAGCUGUAUCUGUUUCAGUACCCUGUGCGUCCAGCCUCGAUGACCUACGAUGACAUUCCACACCUCUCAGCCAGGAUCAAGCCCCGGCAGCAGAAGGUAGAGCUUGAGAUGGCCAUCGACACCCUGAACCCCAACUAUUGCCGCAGCAAAGGGGAGCAGAUUGCACUGAAUGUGGAUGGCACCUGUACCGAUGACACCAGCACGUAUUCCUCGAAGCUGAUGGAUAAGCAGACCUUCUGCUCUUCCCAGACGACCAGCAACACGUCCCGUUAUGCAGCUGCACUGUACAGGCAAGGUGAGCUCCACCUGACGCCUUUACAUGGCAUUCUACAGUUGCGGCCUAGCUUCUCCUACCUGGAUAAGGCAGAUGCCAAGCACCGUGAGAGGGAGGCGGCCAACGAGGCCGGGGACUCUUCACAGGACGAGGCGGAAGAAGAUGUGAAGCAGAUCACGGUGCGGUUUUCAAGGCCGGAGUCGGAGCAGGCCCGCCAACGGCGAGUGCAGUCAUAUGAGUUCCUGCAGAAGAAGCAGGCGGAGGAGCCCUGGGUCCAGCUGCACUACUGUGGCCUGAGGGAUAGCCGCUCAGAGCAUGAGCGGCAGUACCUGCUGUGCCAGGGCUCCGGUGGGGUGGAGAACACAGAGCUCGUCAAGUCGCCCAGUGAAUACCUCAUGAUGCUGAUGCCACCCAGCCCGGAGGAGGAGAAAGACAAGCCUGUGGCCCCCAGCAACGUUCUGUCCAUGGCCCAGCUGCGGACACUGCCCCUGGCCGACCAGAUUAAGAUCCUAAUGAAGAAUGUGAAGGUCAUGCCUUUUGCCCAUUUGAUGAGCCUGCUGGGCCCCUCGGUGGACUCCGUGGCUGUUCUGCGUGGCAUCCAGAAGGUGGCGAUGUUGGUCCAAGGAAACUGGGUGGUGAAGAGUGACAUCCUGUACCCCAAGGACUCCUCCAGCCCUCACAGCGGGGUCCCUGCUGAGGUGCUCUGCCGAGGCCGAGACUUUGUGAUGUGGAAGUUCACACAGAGCCGCUGGGUGGUGAGGAAGGAGGUGGCAGCAGUGACCAAGCUCUGCGCGGAGGAUGUGAAGGACCUGCUGGAGCACAUGGCUGUGGUGAGGGUCAACAAAGGCUGGGAGUUCAUUCUGCCCCACGAUGGGGAGUUCAUCAAGAAGCAUCCAGAUGUGGUUCAGCGGCAGCACAUGCUAUGGACGGGCAUCCAGGCCAAGUUAGAAAAAGUCUAUAAUCUUGUGAAGGAGACCAUGCCAAAGAAGCCAGACGGACAGGCAGGGCCUGCGGUGCUGAUCUCCGGGGAGCAGCGAGUCCAGGUAGCCAAAAGCAAGGCCCAGCAGAACCACGUACUUCUGGAGCGGGAACUGCAGCGGCGGAAGGAGCAGGUGCAGGGACCUGCAGUCCUGACCAGUGUGCAGAUCAAGCAGGAGCCACUGAGUGAGGAGGGAGAGGAUGAGGAUGAGCAGGAUGUGGAGGAGGAGGAGCCCAUGGACACCACACCCAGUGGAGGUGGUGGCCUCAGCAACAGGCUGGCCAAUGGGCUUCCUGCCGGGCGGGCUCUGGCCGGGGACAGCUUCAAUGGGCACCCGCCCCCCGGCUGUGCCAGCACCCCCGUAGCCCGGGAACUCAGGGCCUUUGUGACGGCCACCUUUCAGAGACAGUUUGUGCUCACACUGAGUGAACUGAAACGCCUCUUCAACCUGCACCUGGCCAGCCUGCCGCCCGGCCACAUGCUCUUCAGUGGCAUCUCGGACCGCAUGCUGCAGGACACAGUGCUGGCCGCGGGGUGCAAGCAGAUACUGGUGCCUUUUCCCCCACAGAGUGCUGCUUCCCCGGACGAGCAGAAGGUGUUCGCCCUCUGGGAGUCUGGAGACAUGAGUGAUCAGCAUCGACAGGUUUUGCUUGAAAUUUUUUCCAAAAAUUACCGGGUGCGCCGGAACAUGAUCCAGUCUCGGUUGAAUCAAGAGUGUGGAGAAGAUCUAAGCAAACAGGAAGUGGAUAAAGUGCUGAAGGACUGCUGUGUAAGCUAUGGAGGCAUGUGGUACCUUAAAGGGACAGUACAGUCUUGACAAUAGUAGCAGACCCCUAACCCAACCAAUAGCCAAGCCAAGGAAGGGUGGCGGAGCCGGGCAUAGAGCCUCCACUUGCCUGAGAAGACACAGAGCAGUAGGCACUGCCCGCCUCAUGGCCUGCGGCCCUGCCCUGCCCAGCCCAGCGGAGAACAGCAGGGUCGGCUUCAGUGAGAUCGUGCCCAGCGGAAACCAGCUGGACCUCUGCAGUACAAUUUGAAGUUCCUCAUGUAUUGUGCUUAUUAUUUGGUUCAUUCUCCUAAUAAAGAGAGUGUAUGCUGACUGGGGCAGGAUGAUGAAAAUCAUGGUUUCAUAUUUUCCUUUUCAAACUUAAUUGCCAACAAAGUACAAGUUAUGUUUACAAGAUGAAGAGAAAAAAAAAAA